CGGCGAGAUAAAAGAGGCGGUCCCUCUGCCUCACGUCGCGAUCACUGGCCGUUUCCUCUCGCUGGUGAUCGCUCCCGAAGAUGCUCAGCAAGGAGUUCCGAGUGAUGCUUCCGCUGACGGUGGAAGAGUACCACCUCGCGCAGCUAUACGGCGUGGCGGAAGUGAGCAAGAGGGAAACGGGAGGAGGCGAAGGCGUCGAAGUGGCGAAGAACGAACCCUUCCGAGGACACUCCUUGCUGGGAGGGAGGUUCAGCGACGGACAGUAUACCUACAAGGUCUACCAUCUCAAGAAGAAGGUUCCCACCUUCGUCCGCCUCGUGGCUCCCGAGGGCGCUCUGGAGGUGCACGAGGAAUCCUGGAACGCGUAUCCUUACAGCAAGACGGUUUAUUCGAAUCCCGGCUAUAUGAAAAAAGAUUUCGUCCUUUCUAUCGAGACGCUGCACCUGGAAGACCGCGGCACUUCGGAAAAC